UAUCAUCACAGGGUUUCUCUUGACGGUGGCCAUAAUUGCUUUAAUCACCGUAGCUGUUACACAAAACCAUCGUUUUUCAAGGAACAGUAAGGAGGCACAGCAGAGAAUUGAAGUCCCUACCUCUGGUUCCAUAGCCAGAUACCUAUACCACUGAGCUGUCUUUGUUUACUCUUCAAAUAUUCUGGAACGAUUGCCAAAGUUUGUGAAACAUCAGCUUAAGCUCUUAGUUACAAGUAUGGGGUUGUGCUGGAUGCUGGCUCUUCUCACACUAACAUGUACAUAUAUAAAUGGCCAGCAGAGAAAGAGAAUGACACUGGAGUGGUUGAGCAAGUGCAUGCCUGUGAAGUGGAAGGUCCAGGAAUUUCAUCUUAUGCUGGUGCUGUGGAAAAAGCUGGUGUCUCCCUUAAGCAUUGCAUGGAUUGGGCAAAAGAGAUAGUGCCACAGGCAAAACAUCAUGAGACACCAGUUUACCUGGGAGCAACUGCAGGCAUGCGGCUGCUGAGAAUGGAGAAUGCAGAAACUGCUAAAAGGGUCCUUUCUGCAGUAGAGGAGACGCUAUGCUUAUACCCCUUCAAGUUCCAGGGUGCCAGGAUCCUCAGCGGUAAGGAAGAAGGUGCCUAUGGCUGGAUCACCCUUAAUUAUCUGCUGGGAAAUUUCAAAGAGUCAGUGUGGCCACGUAUUCUGCCUCAUACCUUCUCCAGUACUGGGACAACUGGGGCCUUGGAUCUUGGAGGAGCCUCAACACAGAUCACCUUUGUACCAGAUCAGGACAAGAUUGAGACACCAGAAGAUACACUGAACUUCUAUCUCUAUGGCAAGAACUACACUGUGUAUACACACAGCUUCCUGUGUUAUGGGAAGGACCAGGCACUCCGCCUUAAAGUGCUCAAAGAUGUCCUGAAUUCAUCAACUGGCAGAAUCCAGGACCCAUGUUUUCAACAGCGAUAUGAGAGGACCAUUAAUGUUUCUGACCUGCGCAUAAACCCUUGCACAGCAAGUGAUUUCGCCACACCAUCCUACUCUCAGAUCCACAUUGAGGGUACUGGGGAUUAUGAAAAGUGUUUGACAAGCAUUGAGAAAAUCUUCAAUAUUGUUGACUGCCCUUACUCCAGCUGCUCAUUCAAUGGCACAUUCUUGCCUGAGGUUACUGGGCAAUUUGGGGCAUUUUCUGCUUUCUACUAUGUAAUGAACUUUCUGAACAUAACAAAAGAACCUCUGGACAAAGUGGUGGAGACCAUGAAGGCCUUCUGCUCUAAAUCCUGGGUUGAGGUGAAAGCUGAUUUUCCUAAGGUAAAGGAGAAAUAUUUGAGUGAGUACUGCUUUGCAGGUACUUACAUUAUCUCACUGCUUGUCCAGCGAUACAAUUUCACAAAUGAGAAAUGGAAGAACAUCAAAUUCCUGGCGAAGGUUCAUAACAGUGAUGCUGGAUGGGCUCUGGGCUAUAUGCUGAAUCUCACAAACAUGAUCCCAGCAGAACAGCCGUAUAUACGUCCCCUGUCCCAUGCUAGCUACGUUAGCCUCAUGGCCAUCUGCUCCAUUAUGGUGGUGUCUCUGCUUUUCAUAGGCUGGGUGAUUUAUCGCAAACCAAAGUGCCUGAAAAAAGAAAUAAUUUAGUGCUGGGGCUGGCUUAGCCUGCAGCAAAAGGCCAGUGAAGAACUCUGUGCUCUUCUUCUGUGUUCUGCUGAAAUAACAGACUCAGCGUGAAGUCUUUCUUUCUGGCACAGGCAGAUGGCAAGACAACAGCACGUUCCUGCCUUUCUAUCUUGUUCCCCAUUUUGGAGACUCACCAGCUUCCUGAUCCUGAAUGGGGAGUUGAUUGUGGAGGCUUUAGGUGUUGAAUUCAAACACCAAUUUCUCUCAGGUCCACCCCCUUCAUGUAUUGCUAUCAUCCCAGAAAUGCAGUACAAGAGGUGCCUAGUCAAAAAUGACUGACUGAA